UUCACCAUAUUUAGCUGGCUUGCCGAAGCCUUGCAGAGUUGAUCUGUCAACCGGACUGGAGAUCGUGACACUUAUCGGCACAUACAUCGCGGUGUUGACAGCUUUAGUUUUGGCAGCUGAACGCAUACUACGGAGGACGACGUCGUGGGUGUACGGCCCUCGGGAGAAGGGACGGUAUCAGCAGCUGUUUUUAACGCAGGAAAAGUAGCCGUCGUCUGACAGAAUUCCAACUCUCCGACAGCCUAGCUAGUAGGCUAGCUAAUUAGGGUUGCUUUCCCGACGUUAGCUUUGCUGUAGAUACGAAUUUAUGACGUCUCUUUUAAUGAUCAGAUAUCGGUAGGGAUUCAUUUGGACUCCGUGACCCCGCUGUGAUGAUAUCCUGACAGCUCCUCAAACCACUUUCCCCCCCUCCAGCCUGGCUAGUGAGUUAACUUGGCUAACUAGCAGGUUUUCACUGCCACAGCGCCGCGUUGAGCAGCCAGCAGCUUUCGCCGUGGCAGUGAAAUCCGAUUGGAUACGUUGACCGAGUGCAAACGGCGGUUUGCGGAGACUCUCAAGACCCUCGGCCGGCCAAGUGACCGUGCCGGAGGCCCCCCCUCCUCCUCCUUUGACAGGACACAGAGCGACCAGGACCCUCGGCCACUCAGCGCUGCAGAGGCGGUGCACAGCCGAAGGAGACACCGGAUUGAACGGAGGAAGAGUCCCAAACGUUUGACAACUGUGAUCCGGGAAGUGAACCGGGCAUUGACCUCAUGAAUGGAAAUCGGAACUACAGGAGCCGUUGGGGCCCAGUCCCUGUUCUCCAUGCCUCGGCGGCCUGGCUAUGGCACCAUGGGGAAGCCAAUCAAGCUGCUGGCCAACUGCUUCCAGGUGGAGAUCCCCAAGAUGGAUGUCUACCUCUACGAGGUGGACAUCAAGCCUGACAAGUGCCCACGGCGAGUCAACAGGGAGGUGGUUGACUCUAUGGUGCAGCACUUCAAGGUGACAAUCUUUGGGGAUCGCAGGCCAGUCUACGAUGGAAAGAAGAGUUUGUACACAGCCAACCCACUGCCUGUGGCACCCACGGGGGUGGACCUGGAUGUCACUCUCCCAGGAGAGGGAGGGAAAGAUCGGCCCUUCAAAGUUUCCAUUAAGUUCGUGUCUCUCGUCAGCUGGCACAUGCUCCAUGAGGUGCUGACUGGCCGCAGCAUGCCUGAACCCCUUGAGCUGGACAAGCCUAUCAGCACCAACCCCGUACACGCAGUGGACGUAGUACUGCGAAACUUGCCCUCCAUGAAGUACACUCCAGUGGGCCGAUCCUUCUUCUCUGCUCCAGAAGGCUAUGACCAUCCUCUGGGAGGUGGGAGGGAAGUUUGGUUUGGUUUCCACCAAUCUGUGCGCCCAGCCAUGUGGAAGAUGAUGCUAAACAUUGAUGUGUCUGCCACAGCCUUCUACAAAGCCCAGCCAGUGAUCCAGUUCAUGUGUGAAGUGCUGGAUAUUCACAACAUCGACGAGCAGCCUCGCCCUCUCACAGACUCGCACAGGGUCAAAUUCACCAAAGAAAUCAAAGGUUUAAAGGUGGAGGUGACGCACUGUGGAACCAUGCGGAGGAAGUACCGCGUCUGCAACGUGACCCGUCGACCUGCCAGCCAUCAAACGUUCCCUCUGCAGCUGGAGAAUGGCCAGACUGUAGAGCGUACUGUAGCCCAGUACUUCAGGGAGAAGUACAACCUGCAGCUCAAAUAUCCACAUUUACCCUGUCUACAGGUGGGCCAGGAGCAAAAGCACACCUACCUGCCCCUAGAGGUGUGUAAUAUUGUAGCUGGUCAACGGUGCAUCAAGAAGCUGACAGAUAAUCAGACCUCCACUAUGAUCAAAGCCACAGCUCGCUCUGCACCUGACAGACAGGAGGAGAUCAGCAGGCUGGUGCGCAGUGCCAACUAUGAGGCAGACCCUUUUGUGCAGGAGUUCCAGUUCAAAGUGCGUGACGAGAUGGCCCAUGUGACGGGGCGAGUGCUACCCGCCCCCAUGCUGCAGUACGGCGGCAGGGUGAGCACAGAGCACUUUAUGAACCGCACUGUAGCCACGCCCAGCCAUGGCGUGUGGGACAUGAGGGGAAAGCAGUUCCACACCGGGGUAGAGAUCAAGAUGUGGGCCAUUGCCUGCUUCGCCACACAGAGGCAGUGUCGAGAAGAAAUCCUGAAGGGUUUCACAGACCAGCUGCGUAAAAUCUCAAAGGAUGCUGGGAUGCCCAUCCAAGGCCAGCCGUGUUUCUGUAAAUACGCCCAGGGAGCAGACAGCGUGGAGCCCAUGUUCAGACACCUGAAGAACACCUAUGCCGGACUGCAGCUCAUAAUCGUCAUCCUGCCGGGAAAAACUCCUGUCUACGCGGAGGUAAAGCGUGUGGGAGACACUCUGUUGGGCAUGGCGACUCAGUGUGUUCAGGUUAAGAACGUGGUGAAGACGUCACCGCAGACUCUGUCCAACCUCUGCCUCAAGAUCAAUGUGAAGCUGGGAGGGAUCAACAACAUCCUGGUACCUCACCAACGACCAUCAGUGUUUCAGCAGCCAGUUAUCUUCUUGGGAGCAGAUGUUACACAUCCACCAGCCGGAGAUGGGAAGAAGCCUUCUAUUGCAGCAGUGGUAGGUAGUAUGGACGCCCACCCCAGCAGGUACUGUGCCACCGUACGAGUCCAGAGGCCCAGGCAGGAGGUCAUCCAGGACCUGGCCUCUAUGGUGCGGGAACUGCUGAUCCAGUUCUACAAGUCAACCCGCUACAAGCCCACACGGAUCAUUUUCUACAGGGAUGGAGUUUCAGAAGGCCAGUUCAGACAGGUGCUGUAUUAUGAGCUGCUGGCCAUUCGUGAGGCCUGUAUCAGCCUGGAGAAGGAGUACCAGCCAGGCAUCACCUACAUUGUUGUGCAAAAACGCCACCAUACACGCCUCUUCUGUGCCGACCGCAACGAGAGAGUUGGACGUAGUGGAAACAUUCCCGCUGGUACUACUGUGGAUACGGACAUCACGCAUCCCUACGAGUUCGAUUUUUACCUCUGCAGUCACGCUGGAAUACAGGGCACCAGUCGGCCCUCCCACUACCAUGUACUGUGGGACGACAACUGUUUUACCGCUGACGAGUUCCAGCUGCUCACCUACCAGUUGUGCCACACCUAUGUGCGCUGUACCCGCUCAGUCUCCAUCCCUGCGCCAGCCUACUAUGCCCACCUGGUGGCCUUUCGUGCCCGCUAUCAUUUGGUUGACAAAGAACAUGACAGCGCUGAGGGCAGCCAUGUGUCUGGUCAGAGUAACGGUCGGGACCCCCAGGCGCUGGCCAAAGCUGUUCAGAUCCACCACGACACCCUGAGGACCAUGUACUUCGCCUGAGCUACACCAACUCUCUCCAACCAUUGCCACUCUUAACACACACACACACAACCAUGCACACCUGGCAUGCCAGUCAAAGGAUCCUCAUAGGUGCAAGUCCCAGCCCCCCCCCCCCCACAUGCCUAAUCAAAAACGGACCUGACACUGUGCAGAGGAAAGCAGGGAGGAGGGAGGGGAAGAGGCACCCCCACACUGGACUGAGGAUGCAAACGCUGCUUUAAAAAACAAACAAGAGAGAAUCUCAGCACUAUUAUGCAAUAUUAAACCAGCCAACUAGUUUAUUUUCACCCUUAUUAGGCCCCCUCUCCCCUCCUGUUUUCACUACCCCUCCUAUGUGUUCGUCCCCUGUUUUGUCUCCUUUACUUGUGGCCUAGUUUGUGGCUGUUUUUUCUUUCUUUCCUUUUCCUUUUCUUUGGCAUAGUCUUUGAUAAAUCUGCUUGUUUGCCUUCUUCAGUACCUCAAGUCAGUUUGAGCAGCAGCACUUUUACAUUCUGUCAGUUUUCGUGUAAUUUGUUUUUGAUUUUUCUCCUAUUUCUUUUUCUUAAAUUUGGGGACAGAAAGGAAAAAAAAAAGGACUCAGACUCUGGAGUUAUUAAGAGGUGUCUGAUGUAGUUUGAAGCAUCAAUUCAUUGACCAGAGGUCCUCCCAGUUUGAUCUUUUAUUUUUCCUCUUGUUUCCUUUCUUGUUCUGUCACUUUUCACUAGUGUGUGCUCGCGAUACCACCAGUUGCUUGUACAGAGCUACAUGUUCUUUUGAGCACACUGCCACCUAUUGGCAAAGAGGGAUAUUGCCCCUUAAAAGUCACAAAGAGGAGUCGUUUCGGUGGUCUCAGAUCAGUUUCGGAUUUAUUUCUGACGGUUUGCUGUCACAUUUAAACGGGGGGCAGUUUAUAUUAUAUAUCAAUUUGCUGAGUUGCAGCCAUCCAUGGAUUGUAUUUAAAGUAUUAAUAACACUGUUAUUUGAGUCUGGUUGCUAUAUUUCUUCUACAUUAUGUGAAACAUUUUAAGAAUCUAAUUCUUAAAGAAAAAAGAAGAUUUAAUCGUGUUAGCUUUUGUUUUUAAAUUGCCCUGCAUUCAUUUCUCUCAGUGCUUUAUCUUGCCUUUCCCCCCCUUGUAUCUAAGACGGUGGCUAAAUACAGAUGAUGUCGAUGGUUUCCUCUUGUGCAAUAAUCAGUCGAACGAAGGGAAGAGGAUUUUUAGGGGACUUAAGCGACUCAAAAGUACAGUUUUCACAUUUCAUAUGAAAGCGAGUGUCCUUGAAAGGAGAGAAGUUUGCCACUUGCAAGGCACUUUCAUGUGUCGCUCCUCUGUGAGCUGAAUGACCUGCAUGUUGUAUGAGUUUGGUCUCGCUGUUGGGCAAAAAGAAAGGAAAAAAAAAAAAUGGUGCAACUGCAGUUUUGGUGAUUUUUCGUGUUUUUACUUGAACUGAAGGACUUUGUGCGUCUCCGUGGUUUGAGAAUACUUUCGGAUCAGUGGGCAUGAUUUUAGAAUUCCUGUCAGCUUGCUAAUGAGAUUGAUUUUUCUUAAUUCCUAAGAAUUACAAAGCUUUUCACUUGACAGCAGCAAAGUGGAGUAUAAAGGCCAUAAAGAGGUAGUAUUCAAGUGCCUGUUGGAAGUUAAGUGUGUAAUCAUCAGAAGCUGUAUGACUUGUUUCAGUGGGGUACAAUGAUCAAAGAGCUUACACCAACCAGACAGCGUGAAGCAAGAAAGUUUCACCCGAUGCCUCUUAUUCUUCUCAAUAACCGUCUACUGACUUUUCUAUACAUCUCAUUCAAAUUAACCUAAGAUCAAUAUAUUUAUUGUAUUUGCCUGUACAGCAGUGUUAGCUGUUGGCUUUGCUUUGGAGCAGCAUUCAAGCAAAGUAGGCCAAGUUGUCUUUUUGCCUAAUAUUCACCAGACAUGGAUCCAGCUGCUACAGUGUGUUUGUAGGUGAUUGGGCCGGCUUCGUGGGCACAGAGUUGGCCUUCUCGCAAAACUGUUUUUCUUUUGUUUUAGAUUGAUUAGAAUCCUAAAUCCGAGUUUGGGUUUAAUUCCUGCCCACGUGACCGGCCCAAAGUUGGGACUGGCUUCAGAACAAAGCCGAGGAGUCAAGUGGACGACCGUUAGUGUGAAGCGUGUAUCUGGGUAACGGGUCACCACGUAGCUCCUCUUCUGCUGAUGACCUGAAGUUUGCUCGGGACGUGUUUUUAAAAGUUAUCUGCACUAAAAGAAGCAUGUGUUUCAGGAGUGAACACAGGCGCGGUGCUACUCUGAAUUAGAAUUUGAAGCUGAACCUCAUUUCGAGACUUUAAACGAGCAGGCGGGAUAUGUAGGCGAGGGGGGAAAAAAAAAAACUGUAAACCUCACUCACUGAAGGACGAGAAGGUUCCACUGCUGCGGUUGUUGAGGGGAGUUAUAGAUUUAUGAUUUUAUUCGGGUUAGAUCUACUCGGAGAACUUGUAAGCGGUACAACGGCAGACGUAUGUUCCUGCCUCUGCUGUUGCAUUCGACUGCCUUUCACAGGCUAGCCUUUCAGCGUGGAAGCCAGUGGGUGUGAGCCUUCAUGAUUUCACUAGUAUCUGAAAGCCUUUUUAAAAAGCCAGAUCGAAAGUAUAUUUGUAGAUUUUAAAUUAUGUAAUGCACACCACUUAUUUUUGCUAACAGAAAAAAAUGUAGUCUAAUUAUUAAUCUUAGUAAUAAAUGUAUCAUGACAAGUAAUGGUUUAAAAAAAAAAGUAUAACAAAGUUUUAUUAUCGCAAUAGACUGUUGACUUGUUCUUGUGUCACUGUAUAACGUAUAGUGUAUGUGUGAACAGUGCUGGGGUUGUUGAAACUAGUUAUGUGUGUUCGGACUGUCAUACUGUUAUUGAUAGGGAUGUGGACUCUAACCGCCUCUUGCUUUGAUGUUUGGAAAAAAAAAAACUUGCAAGAUGUUGAAUGCUUCUUUUUUUUCUUCUUCUUCUUUUGUAGAUGAUCAAACAAAAGUUUUUCAUAGAGAGGACAAAGUGUUAACAUGCUAUAUCCUGAAUGCCUUUGUUAUCGCAGUUUUUCACAAUUGCUAAGACUCUUUUCUUAAAAGGAUCCCCUGUUUUCUCAUACUGUGACUGAACAACAUUCACAAAACCUCUGACUCUUCUGGAAGUAUCAAACAAUAUCCUCCAACUGUAAACCAAACAAUGUUUGUAGGUCAUAGACUCAGUCAAACAAUGCUGAGCAUUCAUUACACUACAUCCAAAAAUUCAGCGUUCUGGCUGUGUAGCUCCAGGAAAAAAAUCCAAUAAAUGCAUAUAAAAAGCAUAACUCUAAUAGAGUUUAAAUACUACUAAGUACAAGCAGUACAGGAUUACACAGUGUCUGUGGGUCUGUGGAUUAAGUAGGUCAAAAGGCUAAGAAACAAGCACAUAACAGUACAGUGUAAGUGUAACUGAAAGUGAACAUGUGAUCUGUUCAGCUGUGUCACGCCAGAGUUCCGGUACUGUUGGUAUUUACAGAGAGCUCAGUGACAAGAUUGUGUUUAAAAGAGAUUUUUGCAACUCAGCCUGUUGCAUGUGUAUUUCUGGGAGUUCAUGUUUUUCAAGACACACAACAUUGUGAGGAGAAAUCUUAGUGCGCUGAUAUUUAACGCAGAAAAAAUGGGUCACCUGCUUAACCAGGUGAGCUGUGGUGGUGCCCCAGAUCCUGCUUAUUUAAAGCUGAAAUCUCCAAAUUGAUGUCUAACACGGUGAAACGUGUUUUAAGGUUUAAGAGCGUUCGAGUGACUAAACGGGUUCAAAACACUGUUUGGUUCAGAGAAUGGGAUUUAAUGUCUUAGCAAUUCAGAAAAACUGUGAGAAAUUACAACCCUAUUGUAACAACAGACAGACUAGGAGGGGGAAGAAAAAAAAGGCGAUAUGUUGAGCUCCUGCUCUUGAAUUUUCUCGGGUUUCUUUUAACUGGUGCUGAUGCCUGCUCCUUAUCGAGAGGAGAGUGAAAAGGAAUGGGCAUGUUUUUUUUGUUUUUUUGGGUUUUUUUUUUUCUUUAAAGUCUUGGUGAUCCAUUUCAAAGACACAUGUGAUCAAAGAAUAGAGAAACAAGGUUUAGUACUUCUCCAUUCCUUUGUGUUAGAACCCUGGGGGGGAGGGAUUUACGUUGGAUUGCAACCACAGUUGCUUUCCUCAGACUGGUUUCCUUAUUCGAGCUACUUCACGUGCACACAGAUACAAAGACGUAAGUCUGCGACAUUGCAAAGCCUGUUAUCUUAUUUUUAGCGCUCUUUCUUUUUUGUUCCAAACAUUUACUCCCCUCGGUCUACAUUCCACGGCCGUACAAUCUCAUCCAAUCCCCCAGCAAGGUGUAAGGAAGGUUAAAGCUGAAGGACAAUACUGAGGGAUAUAGUGGGUCGUGUGUGUGUCUGGGUGUGUGUCUGGGUGUCUGUGUGUUUUUUGGAAGGAAUCAAAGCUCAUCAGUAAGAACUUUGUGUGGCAGGUUAUAUGGAAGUUGGACGUGUGUGUAUGUUUGGUGGGCUGAUUGACUCACUAUAUCUCUGCUGUCUGUAAUAGAUGUUCAGGUGGUGUAUAAACUACACCCUCGAGGGCAGUUGAACACAUGUUUACAUAGCAAAUGUGUUUGCCUCGCUUACAUUUGAAAUGUCAUCAGCUCGGCUUUGCAAAUAUUAGCUAGCAGAGAAAUGACCUAACAUGAGCGAGACCUUUUUGGGGCCUGUGGAAGCGAAUGCUUAAUGGGAUACAAAGAUGUUAUUCAUGCAGCCGAUUUUUCUUCAACACACAGCCGUGCUACACAAAAGUGGGAAGGUUUCGUUUGUCCUUCCAGUUCUGCUAGAAAUGACUCGUUAUAUUUGACUUUAAACUAAAGGUACACUAAUCUCACGGCUGUGUCCUUUUAGCUCUCACUUAGGGUCGCUACGACGACUGUUUAUGAGAGCCGUGAAUAGGCGUCUUUAGCUGCCUGGUGAAGAAAACGUAACAAAUUAACUUCAAUCAAUUUUUAACCGAAGUAAAGGCGUAUUCUGUCUCGAGGCUUCAAUCAGUAUUCCUCAUUUUGGUUGCUCUAUAUUUGCAGUUGAAGGUAGCGAGAAAAAGUCCACAGAAAGUGCCUUUCCUCUUGAUGGUGCUGUAAAUUGAAAGAUAAAAUGUAAAAAUCAAAGACGUAGAAUCUCCUUUUGAAACACACAUUGCAAUGCAGGAGUUGCUGCAUUUCUCUCUCACACAUACACACUCACACUCACAGUAAAUGGUUUUUGUUUUUUAUUUUUUCAGAUGGCAGUGCAGACUUGUUUUUCAUGUAUUUAAAGAUUAAGCCUACAUAGUAAAAGACAUUAUGCCAAGUAAAUGGUUGUGGUUGAGCUCUUGCUUUCUAGUGCAUUUUUAGUGUCUUGGACCAAUGGUGUUGUUGGUACAGUGGAAUGUGUGUUUGGGUGGGUUGGCGGAGAGGGGUGGUUGGGGGUCACAGCUGACACUAGCGUGGUGUGACACAGCCCAGCCCACGAAUGGCAAACAUAGCACAGCACUUUAGAGACUGCCACAGUCUCUGUCCCUCCAGUCCCCUUCUUCCUCCCGCCCAGGAGGAGGAGAGGAUCCAGACCUCAGCGUAAACGAGGAGACGACGAAGGGAUGCGCGUUACCAAACGAGGCAGUCGGUCAUUAAAAGUGUGCCUCAUGCUCUUGUGACUUUAUUGGCUCGGUAGAGUCUGCCUGCUCUCAGGUGGCGUGUUCUCGUCAGGACUGCCACUUUUGACACUUUGUUACAGCUAGGGCUGGGUGUCACAAACGUCACUCAUCAGUACCUCCUGGUUUUUGGAAUCGGAGUUUCGAAGCAGGCUGGAACUUUUUAAAUUACUUUCUUCUUCUUCUUCUUUUUCUUUUUCUUUUUUUCUUUUUCUUUUUUUGCACUGAGGGAAAGCAACAUGCGUGAGGAGGCAGAAAGGUGUCUUUUUAAAAAAAAACAUUUGGUUCAGAAAUGAAAUGAACAGAGCCAGUGUCAGUAUUGAGACUUGUCUCAAGAUGCCCAGCCCUAGUAGCAGCCCCAUGGCGUUCUUUCAUCUUAGAGCAAUGCCCUGCCAUGUGUCUUGUCCCUGUCGGAGGGAAUGAGUGCCCAGCAGUAUCCUCGUCUUGAGCCGGUAGGGAUUCGACUGAAAAACCGAGUAUGGUCUGUAGUUCUGUGGGUACCUUUUCAGUCCAGGGGGUGAAAUCUUUCUAUUACAAGAAAUCUCAAAAAACACUGCACCUCACUUACCUUGGUAUGCUGCAUAUGUUAUACUACAUGAAAGAAAACUGCAAAUUGCUUUUAUGACAUAUAAUGCUUGAGUAAUGCCUGAUUGCGAUAUUCUUAUACGGUAACUAUUUUAGAUUCGAAAUAAGUAUAACUGUAAAAGAUAUUCUGUUUUGUCUUAACACUUAUCCAAUUUUGAAAUAUUGUUCUUGAGCCGACUUUUAUUUUGUUGUCCUAUUUAAAUGUGUUGUUCUUUAAAUAUAUAUAUGAAAUAUAUAUAUGCGGAAUAUUUUAUGGUGUAUUUAUUGAGUCCGUUCGAGCGGCUGGAGUGUCCGCGUCAAUCUUGCAGCGUGGCGGGGGUGGAGCCAGGAGGGAGAAGCCUUGAGCCCCUCCCCUUCCAUGUUGACGCCUUAUUCUUCUAGACACGCAAGCACAACAAUAUGGAGGGGGGUGCGAGGUGGAGGGAAGGGCGGCGGCGGCGGAUUUUGACUUGUUCCAGGUCGACUUCCUCCUCCUUCCUUUUCCAAAUAUUCUUAACCCUCCCAUCUUCUUUUACCACCCGUGAAGGCCAGACGCCAGCCCCCUACGUGUUGCAGCUCAUCUCUGACGAAGGGAACCAUUUCUGAACCACACUGACUUGUGUCGAAUAGCUGACUUUUCAUCCCAAGCUGCUAAAUUGGUACGUUAGCCAUGUAAAUUCCCUGAGCCAGUACAGAGCAAGUAGUAGAGUGUAAAAUAAGUUAAAAAAAAAUGCGGGGGGAAAGAAGAAAGGAUGUUGGAAAGGCAAAAUUAAUUGAAUUACAGUGAAAUGUUUCAGCAAAGGCGUUGCUUCUUUCCUCUUUAAAUGUCUCCUGUUUUUUGUUUUGUUUUGUUUUUCCUUGUGCCAGAAUAUUUUACAGCAGGAACAGGUCUCAUUCCACAGGAAAACACAUGCCUCAGCCUUAAGUGCGUCCUUAUGUAAUAGAAAUCUGUGUGACUUUUGCAAUGCCUGUGCUGUUGGGUGGCCUACCAAGAAAACUAGCCUAUGUACUUGAUCUGCCCUGAUAUCUCCAACCGGCAUACUCAUCUGUUCUCACCUCGCAUGUAAACCACUAACAUUGCUACACAACGAAGAGCGCUCUGAUGAAUGAACAUUGCUCUGUUUAAUAUGUACUGAUGUCAGAACGGGAGCCAGGUCUGGGUCAAACUACCUUUGGAAACCCUUUUCGGUAUUUGGUGUUACCUGUUGAGCAGUGCCUACAGCCCAAGGGCAGUUUGGAUAUGUACGUAUGCUCAUUAGACUUUAUGCACUUGCCUGUAUUUUGUAAGCUUGUUGGUCGGUUGACACAGUCAUUGUCGCUGAUUGCAAAUCCAAAGAAGGAUCCAAAGAACAGUUUGACGCAGGCCUUACACGAGAACCAGGCGGUUCCCCACUGUGCCGGAUUACAGAGACCUGUGCCUGUACAAUGAACCAAGGAUGAAUUGUGUUGUGAUGAUUUUUUUUUUUUUCUUUUUGUUAUCUGUUGGUUGUCCCUCACCUCAUCGGAGGAUCAGAGACAUUGACCUUUUGAGUGUUGUCAAUCUUCCAAAGCAAGAAACGCCCUCUGUCCUUUUCAACCAAAUGGCUUUUGGUUUAUUCAAUGUUUACCGUAAUGUUUACUCCCAUGGCUAUCUGAUGUUGAACCUGUUUUCAUUACAUUAGCAUUCCAAAAUGACUUCAAACCAAAAACUGCAGAAGAGAUUAGGCUCCUGACGCCGUUUACCUUGUAUACACUUAAUGGUUUUGAAGACAGAUUAUUUGAGAGUGGCCAAGGAUAUCAAACAUUUUGGGUACUCUGAUUGUUCAAAACACUUGUGUUCCGAUGCAUCGUCACUCUUGUGUCAGUCUUAUUUCAAACUAAAGAUCUUGAGCUCUGAUACCUCUGAGUGAGGCACCAGCAAACUGACGUGUACGUUGAACCUUCACCACCGGAUCAUCCAUGUCUCAGUCUCUGUAUUUUUGCAAAAGGCUGUGUUGUACCAACAGCUCUAUUCCUUUCAGUUUUAAUGGUCUUUCUUUUGUUACUCUCUCUCUUAUAGGUUGUUGGCCUUUUUAGUGUUGCUUUGCUUCAGUUUGAAGUGUAUCUUUGACUAAUACUUGCAAUAAAAAUGCUUUGCUUUAU